CUAGGAUUUAAAACAACAUGCCGACAUAUCGCAUCCGAGGUGAAAUCUGGCGGGCGACCUUUUUAUUGUGCCGGCGAGAAUCGCAGCAAUUACACUCCAUCACCAUCAUCAGCAUACACAUUAUGCGGAAAGCGUCUCAAAGAGUAGCUGAAGCAGCCCAGGAAGCAAAAAAGGUUCAAGACAUAUUGGACACGCUCUUGGAGAAAUUUGCAUCAACCGAACUUACGCCACACUCGAUCAGAUCUUCCCUCGCGGUUAACUCCAGCACAAAGCCAGAUGUGAUGGAAUGGAACGAGACAAAGUCUUAUUUGAAACUGUUUGACAAAUUGGACGACAACCUCCUCGACGCUUUCAUCAAAAAGGAUUUUUGUGAAAUUUGGCUGAAGAUGCAUCCAAAUUGGGCCACGUUAAUUACUGCUCUGAAGGCCAUAUCCGUCAACUUCAAAGACAACGUGAAUGGCGUUCUCAAGCCUGCAAUUAAUGCUGUGGUCAGAAAUUGCGAUGAUUAUAUUAUUCUGAGCUUGGACGAUUGCUCUCAGCGCCUCAGCAUGAUAAUAGACUUCACAAAAAGCCCUUAUCAUCAGCCCCUGACGGAGGGAAUCCACUCAAUCCGCUCUGUAGUCCCACCAACAUUUGCAUUUGUGUUUGCGACUUCCUUGGGCAUUGAUUUUGACCAUGAUGAAGAAAAGGGUCUUUUGAUUGAGAAAAUCAUCAAGCACCUUAGAGCAAAAGCUCUUAUCACAGCAAUGGAAGAGUCUGCUGCUGUUUAAGUGCACUGGAGACUCAACGGCAGAGCGUCCAGAUGGAGGCUACCUUGACUGCUGCCCAACUUCAGGAGACAGCCUUGGAAGUGCAGCGCCAGAAUGACUUGCUGAACUUCAACAGUGGAAUUCUCGCAGCCAAUGAGCUGAAGAGAAAAAGCAGACGCUCUUAGCUUCAAGCAAACUGAAUUGAAGCUUAGAGAAGGUGCCCUGUAGAACAAGCGCCAAAAAUUUAACUAGACUCGUAGACUGUGUGAACGUGAAUUUGU